AUGCAUAUAUUUGAUUCGGAAAACGAAGCGGAAAAUAGAGAAAAAGUUGUGAGUUCUGGCACUCAGAAGUCAAGAAUGAAAAAAAGUGAUCUCAAACGUGACACCAUCAACAUAUUAAAGAUGUUGUUAGAUUCUUGCAACCCUCUUGUGAAAUCAUUUAGGAUGGUAAGAGAUUGUGUUAAAGAUAAUGAUUGGCAAGAUGUAAGUCUCAAACUUAUUGCCGACAGAGAUAAAGAUGGUCGACUUUACAAUUUGCCAACAACUUCAGAAGUAGCUGGAUUAAUAAUUGGAGACAUAGAUUCACUUGAACCUAGAGACAUUAUACUGAGAAAACAGUUAGGUGGUCUUCAAAGAAUUAGUGAGUUGCAUCCUUCUUAUCUGGCUCUUCAAUAUCCACUCAUCUUUCCAUUUGCAGAAGAUGGUUUCCGUCUAGGUAUCAAACACAGAGGCAUAACAAAAGAUUCAACCAAAAGGAGAACAAAACUGACAAUGAGGGAAUUCUUUUGUUACAGAAUGCAAGACAGACCGAAUGAGUUUUCACUGUUACUUCAUGCAGGGAAACUGUAUCAUCAGUUAUCUGUUGAUAGUUACACAAUGGUAGAAGCUGACCGAUUGUCAUAUGUUAAAUGUAACCAGAAAAAACUCAGAACUGAUACCUUCCAAAAUUUGACAACGAAUAUCGAAAAUGGCACCAUUGAUGCAUCAGAGACUGGUAAGCGUAUAUUACUUCCUUCAUCAUUUACCGGUGGGAGCAGGUACAUGAUGCAAAAGUACUUAGAUGCAAUGGCUAUAUGCAAGUCAGUCGGAUAUCCAGAUUUGUUUAUUACUAUUACUUGCAACCCCAAUUGGCCCGAGAUUUACCGCUGUUUGAAUGACAAAAAUCUUACCCCCGAAGACAGGCCGGAUAUAAUAUCUAGAAUGUUCAAGAUUAAAUUGGAUGAAAUCAUAAACGAUUUCGUGGAAGAGGAAUUCUUUGGUCCGGUGCAAGCAGGUAUUAAUGUGGAUCUCCUUUAUUUAUACAGUGGAGUUUCAAAAAGAGGCCUACCUCAUGCUCAUAUUUGUUUGUUUUUGGCUCCCGCAAACAAGUUUCCACGUGCAACAGAUGUCGAUAAAUACAUUAGUGCCGAAAUACCAGACCCAAAAGAAGAUCCAGAGUUGUAUGAACUUGUCAAACAGUUCAUGAUGCAUGGACCUUGUGGAGCUGAAAAUCCCAACUGUCCUUGUAUGGUUAAAGGAAAAUGUACAAAGAAUUUUCCCAAGAAAUGGAAGGAUGAAACGGCUGUCGAUUCUGAAGGCUCAAUCAAGUAUUUGUUCAAAUAUAUAAACAAAGGACCCGAUAGAGUUACGACAACUGUGUAUCAAACCAAUGUAGAUGGUACAACAACUCAGAACAACAAACCUACAGAUGAGGUGAAGAAUUACCUGGAUUACAGGUACGUUUCCGCUUCUGAAGCAGCUUGGCAAAUAUUUGGCUUUGAUAUUCAUUAUAGAUACCCUCCUGUUGAAAUCUUGCCAUUUCACUGUGAAAAUGAACAGAGCAUAGUAUAUGAUGAUGAAGCCCAGUUAUGUGAUGUUGUUUCAAAUCCAACUGUCAAUCAUUCAAAGUUCCUUCAAUGGAUGAAAUUAAAUGCAGAAGAUAAAUUUGCAAGAACCUUGAAGUAUGUCGAAAUCCCACAAUUUUAUGUUUGGAUACGUAGCAAAAGGAUAUGGAAACGAAGAACUGUUGAAGGAUGUGGUUCUAUAGGGAGGAUAUGCUAUGUCCCACCAUCUCUUAGUAAAGUAUAUUAUUUAAGAAUCCUGCUCAAUCAUGUUGUUGGACCAAAAUCUUACGAGGAAAUCAUAACAGUCAAUGGACGUAAAUGUGAUAGUAACAAAGAAGCAUGUUUCGAGUUAGGACUUUUAGAUGAUGAUAAAGAAUAUGUUGAUGCAAUUUUGGAAGCAUCUCAUUGGGCAACAGCAUCAUAUCUCAUAACCUUCUUUGUCCAAUUGCUACUUUCAACUUCUGUAGCACGGCCAGAUGUUUUAUGGAAGAAAACAUGUAAAGUUUUAAGUGAAGAUAUGUUACAUAUGCAAAGAAGAAUCUUAAACUGCCCCGGUUUGCAGCUUCAAGAAGAAGAUAUUCACAACCUCUGCCUAUCAUAUAUCGAGCAAUUGUUACUUAACAAUGGUAGUACCCUCAGAAACUUUCCCGACAUGCCUUUCCCCACUACAAAUUAUGUUGCAUCACUCAAUAACCGCUUAAUUCCCAAUAAACUGCUUUAUGAUAAAAGGGCACUAAGAGUUUUCUUCGUUUAUGGAUAUGGAGGUACAGGGAAAACUUAUCUUUGGAAGACUCUAACAGCUGCAUUACGAUCCCAAGGACAAAUUGUGCUAAAUGUAGCUUCAAGUGGAAUAGCAUCACUUUUACUAAGUGGUGGAAGGACUGCACAUUUAAGGUUUGUUAUCCCAAUUAACAUCACUGAAAACUCUAUUUGUUCCAUAGAUCCAAGCAGUGAAUUGGCAGCAUUAAUCAAGAUCAGUAAAUUGAUCAUUUGGGAUGAAGCUCCUAUGAUACAUAAACAUUGUUUUGAAGCUCUUGAUAGAACAAUGAGGGAUAUUCUAAGAUCAACCCAACCAAACAGCGAAGACAAAGUUUUUGGAGGCAAAGUAGUGGUCUUUGGCGGUGACUUUAGACAAAUCUUGCCUGUCAUACCAAAAGGAACUAGAAGCAUGAUUGUAAAUGCAAGUCUAAAUUCCUCAUAUAUAUGGCAUCAUUGUAAAGUGCUUAAAUUGACUGUCAAUAUGAGGCUAAAAGUUGGAACACAACAACAAGAUUUACAAGAGCUUCAAGAAUUUGCUGAAUGGAUUUUAAAAGUGGGAGAUGGGGUUCUAGGUGAUGAAAACGAUGGGGAAGCAGAAAUUCAAAUACCAAAGGAUUUGUUAGUGGCCGAAUCAAAUGAUCCCCUUUUAGAGUUGAUUAAUUUUACAUAUCCAGAUAUGCUAAGUAGUUUGCAGGAUCCAAUGUUUUUUCAACAACGUGCUAUUCUUGCACCAACUCAUGAUGUGGUGGGAACCAUAAAUGAGAAGCUGUUACAAAUGAUGCCCGGUGAGGAGAUGACAUAUCUCAGUUUCGACAACUUAUGUGAAUCUGAAGAUACCAACGCAACUAAUGCAGCUUUGUCCUCAUCAGAAGUAAUAAAUGGACUUAGAUUGGCCGGAUUACUGAAUCAUAAGUUGGUGUUGAAGGUUGGAGUCCCUAUUAUGUUAUUGCGAAACCUUGAUCAACAAAAUGGCUUGUGUAAUGGCACGCGUUUACAAGUGAUGAGGUUGGGAAAACAUGUGAUAGAAGCUAAAAUCAUCACAGGAACAAACAUUGGCUCACACUUUAAUUUCAAGGUUAAAGAUGACUCCAUCGGAUAA